AAUACAGAGAGGACAGUAGCCCAUGAACUCUUCACUCCUUUGCUGAUCGGGUUUGUAGCAGCAGCAGCAGUGCUCUGUGUUAUUCUUGCAAUCCUCAUUUACAAGUAUAGUCAGAAACCAAAGUAUCGGAUUCAGUGGAAAGUCAUUGAAGGAAUGAAUGGAAAUAAUUAUGUCUAUAUUGAUCCAGCCCAACUACCAUAUGACCAUAAAUGGGAGUUCCCCAGGGAUAAACUACGCUUCGGUAAAACACUUGGUUCUGGCGCUUUCGGAAAAGUUGUGGAGGCAACUGCUUAUGGGAUGUCAAAAGCUGACAGUGUGAUGACCGUUGCUGUAAAAAUGCUGAAACCAAGUGCCCAUUCCACUGAGAAGGAAGCUCUGAUGUCAGAACUCAAGGUCUUGAGCUACCUUGGACAUCACAUGAACAUUGUCAAUCUACUAGGAGCCUGCACUGUGGGAGCCGACACGAGCGCGGGCUCCUCGGAGCCCGCCUCUGCCUCGGCGGGUGUUUCAACGCCCCCCUCCGCGGCGGUGCGAGAGCCGGAGCUCUCGUCCCCGCAAGAGAGGGACACCCGAG